AAUUGAUUUCUGAUAAAGGGGCGUGUCUUUUGACGCGUGCCGUCACACGCGUUUUUACUAUUAUAUAUAAAAGCACAGAGAAAAGUUUAUAAACAAAUUUUACAAAGAUCAAGUAAUAUGGUGAACAACAUUAUUGAAGUAGAUUCCACAUCUGGAAAACGAAAGAUAAAUAAGCCGCUGAUAGAAAAGAAAAGAAGAGCAAGAAUUAACAAUUGUUUGUCCCAGUUAAAAACGUUGGUGCUCGAGGCAACAGGAAGAAACAACGAGAGUGCAUUUAACUCCAAGCUGGAAAAGGCAGACAUUUUGGAAAUGACGGUCCAGUAUUUGGAGAACAUUCAUAAGAGUUCAACAUCCAACCGAUCGAACAUUACAUCUACAAUAACGACACCUUAUCAAAUGGGAUACACUGUGUGUACGGGACAAGCAGCUCGCUUCCUAGAAAUAAACUCACGUGUCCAGGCAGAUAAACAAAUUGAUAUGAAUGUGAAUAAUAAAACAGAUGCUUGUCGGACAGUAGAGACCAGAAACCCGGAUGUGCCAUCCAGUCAUAAUCAGAACAAUUUUUGUCAAGCAAAGGAACCAUCGAGUUACAAUGAAUGUAAUAUAAACAACAGACUUGUAAGUCACUUGAGUAACAAUAUCCAGUAUCACGUGAACAAAAACAGAGAUUCAUUCACAUCUUCAGUGGGAUACAAAUGUUCUUCGAGCAACUCGUUGUUAUGUGUAAAAACAGAGGAACCAUCAACAGAAAGACGACUGACGCAUAACAAUGAAACACAAAACUUAAUAGUGACCGUUAGAGGUCGUGACAGUCCAACGACAAACAGGCACAAUUCACCAAAUUCUUUGAGUAUUCCAAUAAAUGAUAAUGUUUGGCGACCUUGGUAGCACGUGCUGACAUUGAAAAACAAAACUACUAUUAUAAAGUGCAAUAUUUCAUCAUCUGUGAUAAUAAAAUUAAAUUCUAA